UCACUCGCUUCCCAAAACCGCUCUCUACAAUAACUUUCAUACACAGUUCGAGAACCCUUUUUGUGUCCUGUCUUGUAUAUAUACCACCACUUCAACACUCCUCUCCAUCCAUUCUCAUCCCUCGUUUCUAUUGUUGAAACUCUGAAACCCCAUCACUGCAAGUGCAAACAACAAUAACAAGUCACCCCAUAAAGAAGGUAGCUAAUAGGAGUUUGAGACUUGGGAGAGUGGAAACAAAACAAAGUCAAAGACAUCCAAGAAAGUGAGAAUGGCUUCGGAUAAGGUGGUGGAAACGGUAAUAGCAGGCAACUACGUGGAAAUGGAAACCGAAGGCAAGCCCAAGGACGUAAAAUCAAAGUUAUCAAACUUGUUGUGGCAUGGUGGUUCUGCUUAUGAUGCUUGGUUUAGCUGUGCCUCCAACCAGGUGGCACAGGUGCUGCUUACGUUGCCAUACUCAUUUUCCCAGCUGGGAAUGCUUUCUGGCAUACUUUUUCAACUCUUCUAUGGUUUACUUGGAAGCUGGACGGCUUACCUCAUUAGCAUACUCUACGUUGAAUACAGAACAAGAAAAGAAAGAGAAAAAGUUAACUUCAGGAACCAUGUCAUCCAGUGGUUUGAGGUUCUUGACGGGCUCCUCGGGAAACACUGGAGAAACGUGGGUUUGGCCUUUAACUGCACAUUUCUUCUGUUUGGAUCUGUUAUACAGCUGAUAGCUUGUGCAAGCAACAUAUAUUACAUAAAUGACAACCUGGACAAGAGGACUUGGACUUACAUCUUCGGAGCUUGCUGUGCCACCACUGUCUUUAUUCCUUCCUUUCACAAUUACAGAAUCUGGUCCUUUUUGGGCCUCCUCAUGACCACUUACACUGCAUGGUACCUCACUGUUGCCUCUCUCCUUCACGGCCAGGUGGAGGGAGUUAAGCAUUCGGGUCCUACCAAAUUGGUUCUAUAUUUUACGGGGGCCACAAACAUUCUCUACACAUUCGGGGGACAUGCUGUUACUGUGGAGAUAAUGCACGCGAUGUGGAAGCCUCAGAAGUUCAAGGCCAUAUACUUACUGGCUACACUGUAUGUGCUGACACUGACACUUCCAUCGGCAGCAGCAGUGUAUUGGGCGUUUGGAGACAUGCUUCUAAAUCACUCCAAUGCCUUUGCUCUCCUCCCAAAAUCACCCUUCCGAGACAUGGCUGUCAUUUUAAUGCUCAUACACCAGUUUAUAACAUUCGGGUUUGCAUGCACCCCAUUAUACUUCGUGUGGGAGAAAGCAGUAGGGAUGCACGAGUGCAAGAGCCUGUGCAAGCGUGCAUUGGUGAGAUUGCCGGUGGUGAUUCCUAUAUGGUUCUUGGCCAUCAUAUUCCCCUUCUUUGGUCCCAUCAACUCCACCGUUGGCUCUCUCCUUGUCAGCUUCACCGUUUACAUCAUCCCCGCCCUCGCUCACAUCUUCACCUUCAAAUCAUCCUCUGCACGACAGAAUGCUGUGGAACAACCUCCCAAGUUUGUUGGAAGAUGGGUGGGAACAUUCAUUAUCAACGCAUUUGUGGUGGUGUGGGUCCUAAUCGUAGGGUUUGGAUUUGGAGGGUGGGCCAGCAUGGUGAACUUCAUACACCAGAUUGACACAUUUGGACUCUUCACCAAGUGUUAUCAGUGCCCUCCACCGAUUCUACCACCUGUGCCGCCGCAACACCUGAACGCCACCGCGCCUUCGCCUCUUCACCACCCUCGUCAUGCCCACUAAAGCCUUCAAAUUCAAACUCAAUGCCCUCGCCACCAAAGGCUUUUUGCUGCAACGAUUAACGGUGCAAUGCAUGUCAUUGUUAUGUAUGUGGAAAAUGAUACAUCAGAGUUCACUCAUAUCCUGCAUUUAGUAAUGUAUUGUAUUGGCCGUCUCAUAAACAUAUAAUGUAUUCUACUCGA